AUGGAUAAAUCAUGGAUGCUUGAGGACAGAAGAUCACGGGCAUAUGAACUAGGGUUUGAAGGGUUCUUGAAGUUUGCAGCAGAAAAUGCUACAAAUGAGAAUAACAUUCCUUGUCCUUGUUGGGAUUGUGGAAAUACGAAAGACUUUGGACGUGGAAUUAUCAAAGGUCAUUUGUUUAGCUAUGGUAUCACACCAACCUAUCAGAAUUGGAUAUGGCAUGGAGAACCUUCAAAAUCAGCUUCCAAUUUGGACUCUCAUGUUGAUAGUACACAUAAACGUGGACCUGGAAAUACACAUGAAGCUGAAGCUGAUAGGGAAGAUGAUCAUGAACCUGUGAUUGACGUUGACUCAGGGUAUAUGGAUGGUAAUGCAUAUGAUGAUUCUAGAAUACACCAUAAUGAGUUUACCGAUUUCUUUGAGAAUGCAGAUCAGCUCUUGUUUCCUGGUUGUAAAAACUUUACCAACCUAUCUGCCCUUUUGGAAUGCUAUAAGUUGAAAGGGCAAUUUGGGAUCAGUGAUACUUGUUUCACUUCAAUGGGUGAUUAUAAGAAUGCAAAAACUUGCCCUACGUGUGAUAUCUCGAGGUACAAGCUAGGCAAGGAUAACAUAGUGAAGGAGGGGGUCCCUGCCAAGGUGUUGUGGUACUUUUCACCCAUUCCUAGAUUUCAAAAGAUGUUCAAAACCAGUGAGAUAGCUGAGAAUUUAAUUUGGCAUGCAAGUGAUAGAGAAAAUGACGGCCACAUGCGUCAUCCUGCUGAUUCUCCACAGUGGAAACUAGUAAACCAUAAGUGGCCUGAAUUCGGUAAAGAAGCAAGGAACUUGAGACUUGCUCUUUCAACAGAUGGUCCUAAACAACCUAGAAAUGAUAUAGAUGUUUACUUAGCACCUCUAAUUGAUGAUCUGAAAUCUCUUUGGGUUGGAAUUGACGGAGUGUAUGAUGCAUAUAGAUCGGAGUACUUCAAACUUAGGGCUGUUUUGUUAUGGACAAUCAAUGACUUUCUAGCUUACGGGAAUUCGUCGGGACAAAUUGUGAGAGGUUAUAAUGCAUGUCCUAUUUGUGGUGAAGAAACAGAUGGCCAUAGAUUGAAGCAUUGUCGCAAAAUUGUUAUUAUUGCAAAUCGAAGAUUCUUGUCUCGCCAUCAUCCAUAUCGGAGAAAGCUUACAGUAGAAGGAUUUGAACCUAAUUUGGGGAAGACAACAGCUGAUCAUGAACAUGCAGAUGAUAGUGUCAAACGCUGCUGGAAGAAGAAAUCAAUUUUCUUUGAGCUCGAGUACUGGGCCGAACUUUAUGUGAGACACUGUCUUGAUGUUAUGCACAUCGAGAAGAACAUUUGUGAUAGUAUACUUGGUACUUUACUAGAUAUACCUGGGAAGACGAAAGAUGGAAUCGUAGCCCGUUUGGAUCUCGUCGACAUGGGCAUAAAGCUUAAUUUGAAACCCAAAGACGGGGAAAAGAAAUUGCCUCUAGCUUGGUGGAAUCUAACAAAGGAUGAGAAGAGAGUUGUAUGCCAUAGUUUGUUUGGCAUGAAGGUUCCUGAAGGUUAUUGUUCAAACAUAAGAAGUCUGGUCUCCUUACAAGAUUUGCGACUUCUUAACAUGAAAUCACACGAUUGUCAUGCCUUAAUGCAAGAAUUGCUUCCAAUUGCUAUACGUUCAGUUUUGCCUAAACAAUUGAGGUAUGCAAUCACCAGAUUAUGUUUCUUCGUUAAUGCCAUAUGUGAUAAGGUGGUGGAUGUUUCUAAGCUGGAUAAGUUACAAGAGGAUGUAGUGAUUACAAUAUGUCAACUUGAGAUGUACUUUCCUCCUAGUUUCUUUGAUACUAUGGUACAUCUUGUUGUACAUCUUGUUAGAGAAGUUCGACAAUGUGGACCGGUCUGUUUUAGAUGGAUGUAUCCUUUCGAAAGGUUUAUGAAAGUGCUAAAGGAUUAUGUACAAAAUCACAACAAACUAGAGGGUUGCAUGGCAAAGUGCUAUAUUGCUUUAGAGCACUGCUCAAAAUAUUUAUCUGAUCCUAGUACGGUUGGAAUCCCUUCAACAGAAAAGAAUGACAUAUCACAGCCUACUUCAGCAGCCUUUAUAGAAUCAGUUUCUGAUGUCCUAUUCAACCAGGCCCAUCUUACUGUAUUGGCAAAUACAAUUGAAGUUCAGCCAUAUAUUGAUGAACAUAUGGAAUAUUUGAAGGUGACUUAUCCGUCAUUCAAAAAGAGAGAUAGAUGGUUACAGGAGAAGCAUACGACAACCUUCGCUAAAUGGUUCCAAGAGCGUAUUGCGUAUGAGCUCGGGCGUGAGAAUCAUGGCAUAUCAGACACCUUAAGAUGGUUGGCUGACAAACCAAACAAACAUGUACUUAAAUAUCACGGGUACAGAGUCAAUGGGGUUCAGUUUCACACUAAGGCACGUGAUAAUGUGCGAUCUGUACAGAAUAGUGGAGUGAGACUAUUUGCAAAGGCUAUGCAAGUUGCUGGUCGAAAAGACAAUAACCCUUUUGUUUCAGACAUGUGGCUCUAUGGUGUCAUUCAGGAUAUCUGGGUUCUUGACUAUACUAAGUUUACGGUUCCUGUUUUCAAGUGUGAUUGGGUUGCGGAUAGUGGCAUUAAAGUGGAUGAAUUAGGAUUUACUCUAGUUAACUUGAGUAAGGUUGGUCAUAAGCGUGAUCAGUUCGUUGUUGCUGAUCAAGCCAAACAAAUAUUUUAUGUUGAAGAUCCUUUGGAUUCUAGAUGUUGGCAUUUGUGCUUGGUCCAGAAAGUAAAAGACUAGUGUUAUCAUCGGCAGCAUGUAAAUGGAGAGAAGUCAAGUCUAGAUUGACGAGUCAAUAUAUUCUUCCCUUUAAAGAAGACAGGGAACUCUUAUCCUCUCCCCCUGAGGAGUACAACUUCAUUGAGCUAGGAGACUGGAAAGCAUUUGUAUCUUCUAGGUUAA